AUGGCUGCGUCCGAAGAAGAGAAAGGAGCUCUAGUUGAGAGUGGACAAGCGAAAUUUGAUAAGUACAAUCAACUAAUUUCAGGAUCGAGACACGGUCGCUGUUGGCGGUGGAGCGAAGAUUGUUGGGCUCACGAAAGAGCAGCUCGAACAGUACAAAAUGAUCCUUUCUGGAAACCAUUCAGAUACAUUCUCUUCGCUCUCUUUUGGUUGGCCUGGUUGGCGAUGUUCGCGGGAGCAAUUCUGAUCGUCUUGUUGUCACCGAAGUGCGCGGCAAAGCAAGAGCCCGAUUGGUGGCAAACGAAAGUCUCGUAUCAGCUCCUCACGCCGACUUUCUACGAUACGAACGGUGACGCGGUCGGUGAUUUCCCGGGAAUUCGCGAGAAGUUAGACUUUUUGCGCAAAAUCGGCAUCACCACCAUUUAUCCAACACCAGUGGUCACAACGGAUAAAAAUGAAAUCUACAACGAGUACGAUGUUACCGAUCAUCAGACUGUUGACGUGAGAUUCGGUACGGAGGAAGACUUCAAGAAGCUCAUCGAUCUUGCUCAUGAUCGGGAUAUGUAUCUUGUGAUGGAUUUGCCGAUCUCAUGCGUCUCUCCAAACCAUCCAUGGUUCAAGGAUCCCUUGAAAGCCGACUACUUUGUCUUCUCCACCGAAGCCAAACCAUCACCGAAAUUCAUCGAUUCCCCAAAUCAUCCAGGAAAGAAAUAUCUGAGCUGUCAGCUCGGCUCAACUCCAUCCAAGAACCCGGUGCUGAACUGGAAGAAUACAGAGAUCCAAGAAUACUUCAACGCCACCCUCGAAAAGUAUUUGCUACUCGGCGUUGACGGUUUCCACAUCGAUCACAUCUCUCUGCUUGCCACGAAACCCGACGGAUCUUCUGAUCACGAUGCCUCGAUUGCUAUUCUGAAAAAGCUGACGACAGAUCUAUUCGAUUUCGUUAAACACUCGUCGGAUGUGAGCAACAAGAAGAUUGUUCUAUUCUCUUCUCUGAAAGACGUCGACGAGUUGGAAGUGAAAGCGAGACAAACAGGCGGUCUUCAUUAUGUGAUUGACUCGAGCUUUUCCAAUCUCGAUUCCGCUACCUGUUCGUCGGGUGUCGCCAGCUGUGUCCACGAUGCUCUCACCACUUCAUAUAAAAAACACGAUUCCGACAAUUUCACUCCGUUCUGGCAAUUCUCAAACGCGAACUCGCGCCGACUUGCCUCUCGUUUCGAUGCGGAUACCGCGAAUUUGCUCACAUUCACGCAACUCACCCUCCCCGGAGCGAUUUCCGUUUACUAUGGACAGGAAAUCGGUCUCGAGAACGUGGAAGGACGCAAAGACGGUCAGCGUGGGCUGAUGCAAUGGAAAGAGAAAGGCAACGAUCAUCACGGUUUCAUCAAGGAAAAGGAGUUCAAGGAUAGCGAUAUCUACUACCCGGAACAAGCCAAAGACAAGGGCGGAGAUAAUUUCGAGGCUCAAUAUAAAGAAACUGAUUCGGCUCUCAAAGUGUUCAAGAAAUUGGCUCAACUCCGUCAACGAGACCCGGCACUGAUUCUGGGAACUACGGUUCGAGAUACUUUAAUGGAUGACGUGAUCACCUUUGGAAGAUUUGUUCCCGGUGUCAAUGGGACUGCCGAGGGUUCGGCCUACAUUGUUGUGCUGAACUUUGGCGAAAAGGAAACCGAAGUUGAUUGCACGAAGUUGGCCGACAAGGGAAUUCUCCCCACCAACAAAGCACUUACUACUGUCGAGGUGUCUGCUUUCACCACGGGUGUCAAACACUAUGAGGCUCGACAAAAGCUUGACGUCUCUUCCACCAAGAUCAAACUGCCUGCAAAACAAGGAAUCCUUCUGAAACUC